AGCGGCUCGGCACGGACAACCUUAUUAAUGCCAACCAUCGCAUUACCAAUAUGAUCCGAGUGUUCGUCCAACCUCUCACCGUCAAGCAUGUAGAUUUCAAAAUUGCACCCAUCUUCGAGAAUGAUAAAGGGAUUCGAACGUUGUCAGGCCAGACACAUGCAAUGCUCGCCGUGCCCUCGGGUUUGAUCUCGGACAUCCGAACCGGGAAGGAGCAACUGUCCGACCGGAAGCAGAAUCGAUGACCACACUUGCCUGCAGGGGAUGCAUACCAUUGGUUACGAUGUUGUGUAUAUAAGGUCCUGCACUGUAGGUUCCUCAAAGUACUACAUCGUCUUUCCAUCACCUCACUGCCACGUACUUCGCCCAGCUUUGCACCACGAAUAAGCACAUGAGCCUUGUUUUUACUUCACAUAAAUCCAUCGCUCGAACGACACUUCCUCGACUCUUGAAUCUCUCAGCUUCUACAACCUUCAGAUUUGCCAGAAGCUUCUCACACCCUCAAAUAUCAACCAUGUCUCUCCCAAGCCCUGUACCAAUCGCCCUCUGCGGCAAGAGCCAGACAAUGGCCACCAACUUCAGCGACAGCAUGUCAAAGGAAGGCUACGAAGUCGUCCACACCUGCCACGAUCUCGAUUCUGCAAAAUCCACCCUCCCUUCCCUUCUAACCUCCUCCACCGGCCCCCUCGCCGUCGUAAUCGGAAAAGGCUUCUACGAAUCCGAAAUGCAAGACAUCAUCAAGCAUUGCCAAUCAGAAGCAGGCAGUGCAAAGACUGUCUGGUUGUUGCCCGAUGAUGACAAGUUUACUGCGUAUAUGAAGGUCAAGGCCGUGGCUUCGGCCGGGACCAUGCUGCCCGGUAUGAUUGCUGAGAGGGCAGCUGCUGCGUUGAAGGAGAAUGGUGUUGUGGGCGGUGGUAGUACUGAGGGGGUUAAGAGUGGUGUGCAUGGUUUCUGAGUGAGAAGUGGGUAUCUCUGGCAGAGGUGUAGGGUGAUUUUGUAGUUAUCAGAAUGCAAGAACCUAUCUGAUGUUUUGAACUCGUCCAGUGAGAUAACU